AGUGCGGCUGCGCGCGAGGCGGCGGACGCGCCGGCGCGCAGAGGGACGGGGUGAAAGGUCACCGCGCGGCGGCUGGUCUGGCUGGCGGCAGCGGCGGGAGGGAGCUGAGAGACCCGAGUGCACGUGUGGAGCAGCGGCAGGACCUGCGCGGCGGCGGGAGACACCCCCGCCCCCACCAGAGAUUUAGGCCCUCGCUCGACUCUCGCGGCCUUCGUUGCUAGUUCAGCUCCUUGCCCUGGCUAGAGGGCCGGCUUGCGGGGUUGAGUGGCCCGAGCUGAGGGCGCGGAGACCUGAGGGCGGCGACGACGACGGCGUUGAUAUCGGUGAUAACGACGGCCUCAGCAGGCGGGGAAGAUGAAAGGCCGGAUCGAGCUGGGAGAUGUGACACCACACAAUAUUAAACAGUUGAAAAGAUUGAAUCAGGUCAUCUUUCCAGUCAGCUACAAUGACAAGUUCUACAAGGAUGUGCUGGAGGUUGGCGAGCUAGCAAAACUUGCCUAUUUCAAUGAUAUUGCUGUAGGUGCGGUAUGCUGUAGGGUGGAUCAUUCACAGAACCAGAAGAGACUUUACAUCAUGACACUAGGAUGUCUGGCACCUUACCGAAGGCUAGGAAUAGGAACUAAAAUGUUAAAUCAUGUCUUAAACAUCUGUGAAAAAGAUGGUACUUUUGACAACAUCUAUCUGCAUGUCCAGAUCAGCAACGAGUCGGCAAUUGACUUCUACAGGAAGUUUGGCUUUGAGAUUAUCGAGACAAAGAAGAACUACUAUAAAAGGAUAGAGCCCGCAGAUGCUCAUGUCCUGCAGAAAAACCUCAAAGUUCCUUCUGGUCAGAAUGCAGAUGUGCAAAAGACAGACAACUGAACAAAUUACAAAUGAACUUUCUUGCACUUGCUUGUCGCCAAAUAAAAGAGAGGCCCAUUGAUUCCCCCCAUUUUCUUUUAAAGCUUUUCUCCCUUCUUGUUCUUGUUUUUCCUUCUUCCUUUUGUUUCCUCUAAGAGUUUUAAUACUUUCAAGGACUUUAAAAAAAAAUCAUGUUUGGAUUGUUUUCUCUUAUUUUUUGUGAGGUGGUUUGAAGGAAGGAAAAGGAGAUCUGUUUAAUUUUUCAGUUAAAGUUAGAUGGUCCUAAAAAUUUAGUUGUCAAAUAAUUUCAAAUUUAAUGUCCUGCUUUCACAUUGAAUGGCAGAGCCCACAAAAUAUUAUGUAUUUCAAAAGACAAAUAGAAGCAGCAGCAAUAUCUUAUUCUCUAAUUCAUAGACAAGUUGAGUGUGCUUGUGGUACUUUGGGUUUUUUAAGACUUUGUGGGAUACUAAUCCCUAGGCAUUGCCUUCACUCCACCUUUAGUCCUUCUGAGCACACUCUCAGAAGUUGGAACAUCGUUAUCCUUGUAAGAAAUACUAAGCUUAUUUUGAUUAUUAAGCAAUUAUUUCUUCUCUUCUUGCUGGUGGGUGGGGCAGUUUGGUUUAGGUAGUAUUAUACCUUUGUCUAAAUAUUUGAGUUAAACUGCUUUUUUGCUAUUGAGUGGGCUGGUUACUAGCAGGUUGGUUUUUCCUGCCGUUGAUUGUUACUAGUGGCAUUAACUUUUAGAAUAUGAGCUGGUGAGAUUAAUUUGUUUUAAUAUCCCAGCUAGAGAUAUGGCCUUUAACUGACUUAAAGAGGUUUGUUGUGAUUUAAUUUUUUCCCUGUUCCUUUUUCUUCAGUAAACCCAAAAAUAGUCUAACCUUAAAAAUUGAGUUGAUGUCCUUAUAGGUCACUACCCCUAAAUAAACCUGAAGCAGGUGUUUUCUGUUGAACAUAAUAAAAAAUACCUAAAGGAAGCUUAGAUGGACUGUGACAUAAUAAAUGCAAUUAAUGUCAUCCAGUGCCAGCUGUUAAAAGUGUAACCACUGAGCAUUUGAUUUUACGGGAAAAAAUAUCUAGGCAGUAUUUUUGAGAAUAACAUAGCAGUGCUAUUGCAUAUCUGUUGGAGAGCAUCCCAGAUUUGCUUAUACUCUGUGCCUGUGAUACUGAGUUUAAGGAUUUGGGGCAGGGGUAAUUGUUAAACAUACUGCUUCUAUUCUUGGAAAAGCAGAAGUGUAAAGUGUUAAUAAUACAAAUGGCACUGUGACCUCCUCCACUGAGAGGACUGGUUUAUGCCAGAUCAUUUUCUGGCACAUAGGGAGUGGCUUUGACAGGUUGAUAACUUUGUAAGAUGGGAGACAUCUGAAAUAUUUAUGUUUAUAGUCCCAUCUCCAAUAGUUAGAAAUUUUCUCAGACUUUAAAAUAAUGCACAGGACUUGAGCUUUCUGUCAUUUGACUUUAAAAGGAAGUUUCAUUUGUAGUAUUUAUCCUCUUAUGUAAAAUUCUGGUAUAAAAGUCUCAUCUCCAAAUAUGUUAAAUGACAAAAUUAUUUUAUAAAAUGUUUAUGCACACUUUAUAACCUUAAGUUUUUGAGAAUGUGAAAGUACAAAGUGCAGUAGACUUCAACAGUCUUGAGUGCCAAUAAUAAUACAGAAAAAGAAGACAGUUAAUGAAUGGGUUUAUAGAGUUCUAAUCUUAAGAUGGUAAAAAUGUAAAAAGACCUUGCUGGUUUUUUGGGGGAUGUUCAUUUCUUAAACAAUCCAAAUCUAAGCUUAGAAGAAAAGUUUAGCAUUAAGCACCUUUAUCUUCAUGGAUAAGCUUCAGCUUGCUCUUGCCAAGAGAUGAGUGCUUGAGUUACAGAAAGUGUAAUUAGUUUGAAGAAUACAGCAGCCUUUUUGUAAACUUCCCAGAUAUCAAAAUGGACUUUGAUAUAUAAAUGGUUUUCUGAGAUGACACUGCCUCUAUUUCUAUAACCAUUUCACCUGGACUAUCUAAUCAGUCCUAUGAAUGUAUCCCUAAAUGUGGUUAUUGAAAACCGAAUAGCUGCCUCAUGACAAGUACAUGUUAUUUAAGGAGGAAAAAUAUUAAAUUUUGAAUUGUGUAGGCUCCCUAUCAAUAUAUAUAGAGUUUCUUUUUCCACGCUACUCAGUGACUUAAACUGUAAAUGUUUAUAAAAGGUUAAUUGUCCUACAUCAAACUUGUAUUAAAUAAUUCCAUCCACUUACGGAGGAGGAGGAGAAAAAUGUGGAAGAGGUAAAAAGUCGGGCACAACUUCAUAUGCCUAUGAGUCAGGAAAGAUCGAGCUAAUAUCCCAUGUUGAGCUGAUUAUUUUGAUAUAUGAUGAUAAUUAUCUUUGAGGUAGAACAAUUCUGUUAACUAGGAAAUGACAGGAUAUAUCCAUCAUAUUUUUCAGGACAAAAUAGUUUUUACUGUGGGACAAAUAGGUUAAAAUUACACUUUAUGGUAGUUGCAUUUAGGUUUUAAAGCAAAGAAUCUGUAGAGAAAUCUAUGCAAUAUAUAGUAUGUCCCAGAUUAGUUUUCAUUUGGGAGAAGUUCUGAAAUAUCUCUGAAGCAGUUUGUUUACUCAUCAAUUGAAAAGUCCUCCAAAAAGAGAACUAUUGGGAAACCAUGGUGUGUGGUGGUGGAAAAGAAAAGCUCCCUCAGUUUUUUGGAGGGAAUAACUUUAAAAAAAUACUUAAAUGGCUAAGUAUACUUGGUGCAGUUAAGAAUUAAACUUGUCAAUUUUAACAUUGCUGUUACAUCUGAAAUAAACGUGUUGUUCUGUUAGUGAUCUGUGAUACCUAUAAAUGUCAAAACUGUAUUGUUGAAUUCUACAGCCAGCAACUGUACAUACUCAUUGUGUAGUGUUUUCGUUACUGCUUGAAUUUAGUUUCACAUUUCUUUAAGGUCUAAUAUUAAAAUCAUUAAAAUAGGCCAGGUGUAA